CGAUGAAAACAUUGUCGGUGAUUUUAAAAUAACCCAUUAUUUAAUUAUAAAUUAUUAAAUUAUUAUUAUUUAAUUAUUUAUAAGUAAAUAAUCUUAAUUAUAGAAACUUAUAAUCUUAAUUAUAGAAACUUAUGAUUUUAAUUAUAGGAAUUUAUGGAACAUUUUCGAUCAGAUUCGUAAUCGACGGAAAAAAAUGGGAUCACUACAGAAUCACUUUUCGCAAGGAUUUAACAAAAUUCUUGUUGUAAAAUAUAAUUAUAUAGUGUUUUAAUUAACUCCAGUCAUAACUGCUGACUGAUCGUGAGGUAUCUUUGUCAUUUCAUUGCAAUCAAUCCGCUGGUAAAUUCAGUUACUUUUCGAUGGUCGAUGUAUUUUAUCUCUUGUUGAAUUAGACGAAUAAAGGAACUAGUUUCUUGAAUACAAAUAUUUAUAAAAUCUCUAGUAUUAGGUCAAUCUCGACUAAGUAUUGACUGGGAGAAAAUUUGAGUCUUGACGUAGGACGAGCUACAACGAAAUGUUAUGUUCAAUCGAACGUGACAUUGGAAGGCAAAGAGUUCCCGAGUCGAAAUUUUGGCUCUAUGUUAAAUUUUGAAUUUUUGACAACGCAGUGGAAGCUAAGUUAGCAAAAUAAGUAAUUCUAACGAUAUAAUUUAUUCCUACUUUGACUCGCACGAUAACUGAAAUUUCUCUUUUCACUUUCUUUAGCGUCAAAAUAGGUGUUGAAUAGAAUAAUGAGACUGAUAGUAGAAUCAAAUUUUCGACUCGGAGUUAAUACGCUAAUAGCGAUAAGAUAACUUCUGCUUAUUACGUUAGACAAUAACUAACGGACAAUCAAGUGUGACUAAUUGUCCAACGUGUUUGACUCGAACGCAGUUAGAAUCCUUAUCAAGAAUUAAUGUUGAGAGGCUGAAUGUACAUGUUAUCGGUACCUGGCACCGUGAGAAUCAAUUUCUCCAUCGAGAUAUAUAACACACUUUUUGCUAAGUAAAGAUCAGUUCGCUGAGCAGCGCCAAAUCGUUAUAUUUAUCGCAUUGAGUCUUACCUGAAACUCUAAUCCAUGCUUCUCUCUGCAAUAAUCCUUAAGUUUGGGGUAACAUUGAGCCAUGAGAGUGUUCCUCUCCAUCGUUGUGUCUGAAAUUCAGCUACUGUUAUAUUCCACAUUGUAAAUUGCCAAGUCUGUGAUAGAUCCCUGCGUUUUUUAUGGACUACUAGUAAUUUGAACAUUUAACAAAGACUUAUCAUAUUAAUCAAAAUGCCGCCCGAUCCACUGACGCAAAUGAAUACAUAUCGUUCAUACGUGACUAUGCUAGCCGAUCCAGUAUCAAAGGAUGAGCUGAAAUUGAAGGCAGCUCAAGAAUUGUCGGAAAAUUUUGAGAUUAUUAUGUGUUCGUCCCAAUACCCGGCAUUUCUUGACCACAUGAUGAAGAUCUUUCUGAAGAUGCUGCAGGAAGGAGAGCCGCAUUUCAUAUCGGAAUACAAUAUUCAGCAAGUUAGAAAAUUAAUACUGGAAAUGAUACACCGAUUACCCAGCAAUGAGUAUUUGCGUCCGUACGUUAGACAAAUCUUGACUCUCAUAUCUAAAUUGCUAGAGACAGACAAUGAAGAAAAUGUCUUAGUGUGUCUACGUAUCAUUAUUGAACUUCAUAAACAAUAUAAGCCGACUUUUAAUCCAGAGAUACAAUAUUUCCUCCAAUUUGUCAAGUCAGUGUACAGCGAGUUACCAAAGAAUUUGCCAAAAAUAUUUGAACCACGUCCUCCUCUUCGCGUGAAAGAUUUGUCGGAGAUUAACAUAGAAGCUCUUUUGAAGGAAACGUUCACAAUUACGGCGAUACAAAGCGAAAAGAAAGCAGCUGAUGGUACUGUAUUGACGUACAACUUAAUCCCAAAGGCGGUGAUGUCACUCAAGGUACUUCAAGAAUUGCCAAUAAUUGUGGUACUGAUGAAUCAAUUAUACAAACAGAACGUGCUUCAGGACGUGUCGGAUUUCAUUCCGAUCGUCAUAACGACUAUAUCGUUGCAGCCGAGUCCUCAGCAUCGUGCAUCUUCUGGAUUCAACAAAGAAGUCUUUGUUGAUUUCAUGGGCGCACAAAUAAAAGCACUAUCAUUCUUGGCAUAUGUGAUUAGAGUAUAUCAAGAAGUAAUAACGCAGCAUAGCCAGAUGUUAGUGAAAGGCAUCCUCGGUUUAUUUACUUUAUGUCCCAUGGAAGUGGCACAUUUACGAAAGGAGUUAGUGAUAGCUUCUAGGCAUAUUCUUGCCACAGACUUACGGAAUCAAUUUAUUCCACAUAUGGAGUACUUCUUCAACGAGGAUAUUUUCAUCGGUCACGGUUGGACGACACAAGAGGCCCUCCGACCCUUGGCUUAUUCUACGCUCGCAGAUCUUGUCCACCACGUUAGGCUGCUGCUACCUCUCAACGAUGUGUCCCACGCGGUACAUUUGUAUAGUAAAAAUUUACUCGAUCCAAGUCUACCAACAACCGUACAAAUGGUUUCUUGUAAGUUAUUGAUGAAUCUUGUGGAUACGGUGAGUCGUCAGAGGACUGACGUGGAAAACAGCACACAAGGACGGGAGUUAUUAAUGCGGAUACUUUUGGUCUUCGUUCUGAAGUUCAAAGUUCUUUCCAAAAUUUAUAUCCCGAUCCUGCGAAAUAAAACAAAGCAAUUGCGGGCAAAUACUUCAACGACGGAUACUUCAACGUCAGAAGACCCUCUUAAAACAGCCACCGAAUUGACCGAAGAAAAGGAAUCGGGAAAGUCCAAGUUUGGCUUUCCGAAUUGGCAAGUGAUGAGUUACAACGUUUUAGAUUAUCGUAAUCUCGUGAAAAGUUUAGUACAUGGAGCGAAGGCUAUAACAGCGAACUGCGUUAAUCGAUCAGGCGAGACACAGUCCAAUCAGCUGCAGCCGAAGGAAACUUUAAUUUACAUCCAACUUGUUAAAUGGGCAUUGCCCGCUCUGGACAUAUAUACGAUAGGCACUACAGUUGUCGGAACUCCUGUACAACCGGGCAGACCGGCACAGACUCAAACCAUCAGAUCGAGAGAAGAAAAAGAAGUGUUGGAAUUAUUUGGCAACAUAUUCACGCAAAUGAAUCCUCAGACUUUUCAAGAGAUAUUUUCCAUGUCCGUGGAUUAUAUGGUUGAGAGGAUUUUCAAGAAUAGCGCUUUACAGAUUAUCGGAAGCGCAUUCUUGUCGAGUCACACUAUAUCAUCUAGGUUUGCUACAAUAUUAGUGCAAUAUUUAUUAGAAAGGAUGAACGAUAUGGGAUCGAAUGUGGAGCGGAGUAAUCUGUAUCUGCGUUUAUUCAAGCUUGUCUUUGGAAGUGUGUCUCUUUUUCCCGCAGAAAACGAACAUAUGCUUCGACCACAUUUGAAUCAAGUGGUUAACCGAGCAAUGGAAUUAGCUAUGUCUGCAAAAGAACCGUACAAUUAUUUCCUUUUAUUACGAGCAUUAUUCAGAUCCAUUGGAGGUGGUUCACACGAUUUGCUUUAUCAGGAAUUCUUACCUCUACUUCCGAACAUGUUGGAAGGAUUGAACAGAUUACAAUCCGGAUUACACAGACAGCAUAUGAAGGACUUGUUUGUCGAACUUUGUUUAACUGUACCUGUUAGAUUAAGUUCACUUCUCCCUUAUCUUCCGAUGUUAAUGGAUCCGCUGGUUUCUGCUCUUAACGGCAGUUACUGUCUCGUCAGUCAAGGCUUGCGCACUUUAGAAUUGUGCGUUGAUAACUUACAGCCUGAUUUCUUAUAUGAACAUAUACAACCGGUUCGUGCAGACUUAAUGCAAGCUCUCUGGAGGAUAUUGCAUAAUUCUACGGAUCAAGCUCACGUAGCAUUUCGGGUUCUUGGAAAGUUCGGCGGUGGAAAUCGUAAAAUGAUGAUAGAGCCUCAGAAGUUACAGUACAAUGAUCGUGAAACUGGUUCACCAACGGUAGUGGUUUAUUUUCAAGGACCCGCGUGUCCAAUUGACUUUUCCAUGGAAAAGGUGAUCGAAACAGCAUACAUCGCCUUGAAGUCCAGCACAACAGACUUAUAUUAUCGCAAACAAUGCUGCGAGGUUGUGAAUUGUUACUUGGCGGCAACUCUGAGAUUAGAUGAUGUUAAUAACAUAUUGCACAAACUGUUCACGCAUCCAAGUUUUCACGAGAGUGAAAUAAGUUUCUGCCACGCAUCUAGUCAAUACAAAUGUCCGGAUACCGUAGCGCGCGACGUCCAACAGACCGCGGUGACGAGUCUGUUUAUCGCCGCGGAAACUAAGGAACUGAGACCUUUAGUGAUUGGCAUGGUGAUUUCUAUUGUGAGGCAUUAUACGAUGAUCGCCAUCGCGCAACAAGCUGGUCUGUUCUCGUGGACAGAACGUGACAUUCGCACGCAAGGACAAGAUCCACUUGUACUGAUCGAUGCACUCGCCUCUAUAAUGUCUCACGAAGAGAAAGAUCUGCAUAGAAUGGCGUAUCUAGUGUUGAUGUUGAUAUUAGAUACAGCGACAAAAAUUCUAGGGUCGAAGGAACGAGCAUGCAGGUUGCCCAUCAUCGAAUACGCGGCAGACAGGAUGUGCAUGUUGUGCUACGAGCGCGCCUGGUACACCAAACUCGGCGGUUGUAUUGGCAUCAAGUUCCUCACCGAGCGAAUGGCUAUAAAAUGGGUCCUUGAUCAUCAAUUCAUGUUCCUGAGAGCUCUCAUAUUUGUGAUGAUGGAUUUAACUGACGAGGUGUCUAACGGUGCUAUCGACAUGGCAAAGACAAGUUUGGAUAAAAUGAUAAGAAUCUGUGUUGAUCCUAGUAUUCAAGAAAGUAAUGCGGAACUGCUGGAUGCCCGAAACAAAGGUCUACACGAUGUUACUCGCGAACUAGUUAGGCAAGUGACAUCACCACAUACCAUUGUGCGUGAGCAAGCUAUGACAGCGUUGCGCCAGCUCGCCGAGAUCCAAAACAAAACUGUGACGGAAGUAAUGGAACCCCACAAGGAAGUCUUAGCUGACAUGAUCCCACCUAGGAAACACCUAUUGAGACAUCAGCCCGCAAACGCACAGAUCGGCUUGAUGGACGGGACUACGUUCUGCACCGCCUUGAAUCCACGUCUCUUCACCAUCGAUUUAAAUGUGGCAGAACACAAGGUGUUCUUUCAGGAACUGUUGGGUCUCUGUGAGGCGGAGGAAGCGAAUCUAGCGAAACUGAGUUGCUAUAAAUCCGUCACGAAUCUAAUGCCCCUGAGGAAAUCGGCACUACGAGCCCUCGCCGCCAGUCACUACAUUGUGUCCUGCCGCGAAAGGAUAUUCACGGUUCUUUACAAAGCCUUGGAGAAAUCGAAUGGCGAGCUACAGGAGGCAGCUUUCGAAUGUAUGCGAACGUUCAUCUCUGGCUUUCAAAUCGACAUGGAGUCUGUGCACACAACUAUGCGUCCGAUGUUGCUCACAUUAGGUGACCAUAGGAAUCUUAGUUUAAAUUGCGUUAAAAGGCUGUCCUAUUUGACGCAGCUUUUUCCAAGUACUUUUAGCAUCACCCUUUGUGAACAAUUGUUACAACACUUAAAGAAGCUCUUGGAGAACUUAAUUCAAACACAAAAGGGUAUAUUAAAAACCGGCGAGAACGAACAGAAAAUCACCACUAUUAUAGGAAUAUUUCAUGAGAUACCGGCGGCUACUCCAAAGUUUAUCGAUCUGCUAUGUCGACUUGUGUUACACACAGAGAAGACUUUACUUGUGGAGGUGUCUAGUCCAUUCAGAGUGCCCUUGAUGAAAUUUCUGUUACGUUAUCCCGCUGAUACUCUCAGUCUGUUCCUCCAUGACAAUAAUAUCAAAGACCAACAAUGGAGCCGAUACUUAGAAUAUCUCAUUAAACACAAAGAUGGUAAACCGAUCAGAGAUAUUUUGCAUAACAGUUCAACGAGGCUUGUCGCGAUGCUACUCACGCACUCCAACACGCAAACCAACUCAAACUUGAGCCAUAUGGAAAAGAGCGAGCUGCAAUAUCGGGCGAUUAAAAUAAUCGCUCUGCUCAUCCGAUUCGACGAGCAAUGGUUGUCCACGCAGACUCAGCUAGUGAGUGCUCUGAAACAGAUCUGGUGUGCUAACGAUUAUCAAGCGUUGCAUAAAAAGGUUGAGAACGUAGAAUAUUACCACUGGAAGGAACCAAAACUAAUCGUCAAGAUCCUAUUGCAUUAUUUCCGCCAGCAACCAAACGACAUUGACUUGUUAUUUUACUUACUACGAGCUACAUGCGAUCGGUUCAUACCUGACUUUCAGUUUCUCAGGGAUUUCCUGGAAAAUACAGUAGCACAGGAAUACACUGUAGAAUGGAAGCGAAGCGCAUUCUUUCGCUUCGUCGAACAUUUUCCUACUAACAACUUAUCACAGGAGCUGAAGGCCAAUGUGCUACAACUGAUCAUAAUCCCAUGCUUCGCAGUAAGUUUCGAGAGAGGUGAAGGUACUAAAUUGGUCGGUGGGGCUCCUAUGCCUUACCAGGACAACCCAGAGAAUGUGGUUUCAGUAUUUAUCAGCAAGAUCAUCGACCCAGAUAACCCGUUUGGUUCAGCCGAUUGCGUGCGUAUUUCUCUACUGCAGUUUUCAUGUUUACUUGUAGAGCAAGCGUCACAGCAUAUUCACGAUGUUACCAACAAACGACAAGGAAACAAAUUGCGUCGGCUGAUGACGUUUGCAUGGCCAUGCUUGUUGGGGAAAAAUUGUGUCGAUCCGACAACAAGAUAUCAUGGUCAUCUUCUUCUUAGUCAUAUUAUUGCUAAAUUUGCUAUUCAUAAACGUAUAGUAUUGCAAGUAUUUCAUAGUUUGUUAAAAGCACAUGCCGUAGAUGCGCGCAAUGUGGUUCGACAAGCACUUGAAAUAUUGACCCCUGCGAUGCCUGUACGUAUGGAAGACGGUAAUACAAUGUUAACUCAUUGGACGAAAAAAAUCAUCGUCGAAGAAGGUCAUUCAAUGCAACAGCUUUUCCAUAUUUUACAAUUGGUUGUGAGGCAUUUCAAAGUAUAUUAUCCGGUUAGACAUCAUUUAGUUCAACAUAUAGUGAAUUCUAUUCAGCGUUUAGGCUUUAGCCCCACUGCUACAAUUGAACACAGAAAACUGGCUGUCGAGUUGGCAGAAGUGAUUAUAAAAUGGGAGUUAUAUAGAAUCAAGGACGAAAGUGAAGCUGCCGAUAGUAACAGCAGCAACAGAUCAGUCACAAGCGGAAUUAAGCGACAGUCAACUGACGAAUCGCCAAAUACUAAACGUUUAACUAGCCAGACAACAUCUAGCAAUAUAUGUAUGCCUCUCGUCUCGUCCAAAACAGAAUCAAUGAAAGCAAUUGAUAGAAUUCAUUCGGAUGCCAUCCUGAACUUUCUACUGCGUCUGGCGUGUCAGGUGAACGACGUGUCUUCGAUGCACGGCAAUCCUGGUGAAUUAUUAUCAAAACGAUGUGUUAAUUUGUUAAAAAUGGGUCUAAAGCCGGAUAUAUGGACGGAAUCAUGUGAUUUGAAAUUAGCUUGGUUGGAUAAAGUACUGGCAAGUGUAGACAACUCUCAGCCAAAUUAUGGAAAUAUUAGUACUGCACUAGAUGUGCUAACGUUUCUAUUAGGAGUAAUGAAACGCGAGCAGAUACUCGCGAGCUUCAAGCCAUUGCAACGUGGCAUAGGCGCCUGCAUUGCUAGCAAUAAUACUAAAAUCAUACGCCUAGUACAUGGUUUAUUGUCGAGACUGAUGACCAUUUUUCCAGCAGAGCUAACGUCCUCGAACGUAAACGUAUCCUCUAAAAAUGAAGAAUUAGAUACAUUAUACGCGACUGUGGGUAGAUUCAUAGCUGACGGUCUAGCCACUUACGAGAAGUCCGCAAGUGCUACACCCAGCUCACUAUUUGGUACACUGAUGAUGUUGAAAGCGGCCUGCACGAACAAUCCAAGCUACAUUGACCGUAUGAUAACGCCUUUUAUGAGAGUGCUGCACAGAAUGGCCAAAGAACAUUUGCACAGCUCAUCCCAGACUGAAACUAAUGCGGUUGGAAGCGAGUUACUUAUUCUAAGCAUGGAUCUCGUAAAAAACCGAGUUGUAGUGAUGGGAGCCGAGAUGCGCAAAUCGUUUAUUGGAACCAUACUGACUGGACUCAUAGAAAAAACGCAAGAUAUUAAGGUAAUGAAAGCCAUCACGAAAAUGUUGGAAGAAUGGAUGAAGAAUAAGAAUACGAUCGCAAUGAAUCAAACGCCCACAAUGCGUGAGAAGACAGUGCUUUUAUGUAAGAUGAUGCAGUAUGUCGAGAAACGCUUUCCUGACGACCUAGAGCUGAACAGACAGUUUCUUGAGCUGAUCAACUACAUCUAUCGCGACGAAAGUCUGAAGUCGACGGAUCUAAAUACUAAAUUAGAACAAGCUUUUUUAUCUGGUUUACGCUGCGUCCAGCCACAAGUAAGAGCGAAAUUUUUCGAGGUAUUGGAUGCGUCGAUGAGUAAGCAACUACAAGAAAGACUUCUAUAUAUCAUCAGCACUCAGAACUGGGAGAACAUAGGUCCUCAUUAUUGGAUUAAACAAUGUAUUGAAUUAAUUCUAUCGUCCGCCAAUCCAAACACGCAAAUACAAAUGACCAAUCAGGAUCUCUUGCUGCCUAGCGUCAAGUCAAUCAUUCACAUGGGCAUGGAUAAAGAUAACAAGGAUCACAAAGAUUUCAUGGCAUAUUGCAGCAUAAAGGAAGAGCCGAAGGAGAUUUCCGAGACCAAUGACGCGCCAGAGACAGACUUCUUUGAGAUGGAACUAUCAAAUAUGUCCAUCUCAGAAUUUACCAGCACCUUGGACGAUAUUAUGGCGCAGAGCAACCUGACGGAUAUGAUCAACAAGCAGAGUGCCUUUAUCGAGCGUGCGAAGAAGAUCAAGACGGAGCAACUUCUACUGGCAGUUGUACAGUUGUGUCACAUGGACACAAAUCUAGCGGAACGUGUUUGGUUGGACAUGUUUCCGCGAUUGUGGACUAUUCUGGAGGAGCAUCACCAAACCGUUUUAAUUGGAGAGGUAGUGCCGUUCGUCGCCAGUGGUUCGCACGUCAAUCAAAAGGAUUGCCAUCCGAGUGCGCUUGGUACGUUCCUCGAGGCGUUGUCGCAUUGUAAUCCACCAGUUGUUAUAAAGCCAUACGUGAUGAAGUAUCUGGGUAAAUCGCACAACGUAUGGCAUCGAAUGACACUCACCCUAGAACAGAUGGCUUCCGAAUCCGAUAAUAGUGUCUACGCGAGAACUAAACGUGAACUUGACUUUUAUGACUUCGAACAAUCCCCGGAAGAUAUUCCUAACGAUAUAAUGGACGCUCUUGCGGACAUGUACUCGUUGUUGCUCGAGGAGGAUAUGUGGUCUGGUAUCUGGCAGAAGCAUGCAUACUAUAAAGAGACUCUACACGCCAUCGCACUGCAACAACAAGGAUUCUUUGAGCAAGCUCAAGGAGCUUACGAUGUAGUCAUGACCAAGUUCCAACAGGAUUGGGUGUCAACCCCGUCGCCUUAUAAGAUUCAAAAGGAAGUGAUAAUGAUAGGGAAUCAGUGGGUGCGCUGUGCGAAGGAACUGAAUCAAUGGGACAUGUUGUUGGAAUAUAGCACUACGAAAGAUUUCAGAGAUCCUUUCGUGGCCCUAGAGAGUUCCUGGCGUAUCUCCAAUUGGCCAGUUAUGAAGGAAGCGCUCGCACUUGUUGAGCAUAAUUGUCCAAAGGAAAUGGCUUGGAAGGUGAAUAUGUACCGUGGUUUCAUAGCCAUAUGUCACGAGGAACAACAUAUGACUGCGGUAGAGCGUUAUGUCGAGAUUGCAUCCACUUUGUGUAUGCGAGAAUGGCGCAAACUUCCUCAAAUUGUUAGUCACAUUCACUUGCCAUUGCUGCAAGCAGCGCAACAAAUAAUGGAACUUCAAGAGGCAGCUCAGAUUCAUCAAGGGCUAAUGUUGACCAGAUCUUCGUCUCUACAUGACAUGAAAGCGAUAGUAAAAACAUGGCGCAAUCGUUUACCUGUAAUCGCGGAUGACUUAAGCCAUUGGUCGGAUAUCUUCGCUUGGCGGCAGCAACAUUAUAACCGUAUCGCGAAUCAUUAUGAAUCCCAGCCAGAUUCACACUCAGCACCGUCCCAUUCCGUACUUGGUGUUCAUGCAUCCAUGCAAUCCAUCAUACAUUACGGCAAGAUCGCCAGAAAACAGAACUUGUAUGGAGUAUGCUUGGAUUCGCUGUCAAAGAUUUACACGAUUCCGAGCGUGCCCAUGAUCGACUGCUUCCAAAAGGUUCGACAACGUGUCAAGUGUUACAUGCAGAUGGCUACCAUGAGCGGUCAGAAUGAACUUCAAGAGGGACUGGAUGUGAUUGAAUGCACCGACAUGCGUUAUUUUUCGAAAGAGAUGACUGCUGAGUUUUAUGCGCUGAAGGGCUUACUUCUGUCACAGCUUGGUCGUUCCGACGACGCGAACAAAGCUUUCUCUGCAGCGGUACAGCUGCACGAUACUCUGGUGAAAGCAUGGGCUCUGUGGGGCGAUUAUCUCGAGCAGAUCUUUGCGCGUGACGCGCGCCAAAUCUCAAUCGGCAUAGCGGCGAUCACGUGCUUCUUACACGCCGCUCGCCAUCAAAACGAAACCAAGUCGAGAAAGUAUAUCGCCAAAGUCAUCUGGCUACUCACGUAUGAUGACGACAAAUCGUCAUUGAUGGAGACAUUGGAUAAGUAUUCAAUAGGAGUACCGGCUAUUCAAUGGUUACCCUGGGUGCCUCAGCUGCUCAUGUAUCUCGUGCGAUACGAAGGCAAUAGCAUAUUGACCUUGCUGAGCCAAGUCGGUCGUAUGUUUCCACAAGCAGUGUAUUUUUCAAUACGUACUUUAUAUCUUACUUUAAAGAUAGAACAGAGGGAGAGAUACAACAGCGAGUUGACUGCGGGCAAAAUCCAGGAAAGCAGUCAAGAAGAUCGUGCGACUGGCAAUGUGUCACAGCAAGGAGUGUCAGAAACAUCAGGCCAUACCGUACGAGCCACGGCACCCAUGUGGAGAUGCUCCAAAAUUAUGCAUAUGCAGAGAGAUAUCCACCCUACUGUAUUAAGUUCACUGGAAGGUAUAGUAGAUCAGAUGGUUUGGUUUCGCGAAACAUGGUAUGAAGAGGUGUUAAGACAAUUGACUCAAGGACUAGCUAAAUGUUAUGCAUUAGCAUUUGAAAACCGUGGCGCAGUCAGUGAAGCUACUAUUACUCCGCACACUUUGAACUUCGUCAAAAAAUUGGUGUCGACUUUUGGCAUAGGAAUUGAGAAUAUAUCGUCUUCGCAAAAUACAUCAUUCUAUUCAGCGGCUUCGGAAUCCUUAGCACGUAGAGCGCAAGACACUGUGCAAGAUCCCGUUUUCCACAGAAUGAAGGGACAAUUCACAAGUGAUUUUGACUUUACCGUUCCCGGGGCCAGAUUACUUCAUAAUUUGAUCAACAAACUAAAGAAAUGGAUAAAAAUUCUUGAAGAGAAAACUAAACAAUUACCUAGGUCUUUCCUAAUAGAAGAGAAAUGUCGCUUCUUAAGUAAUUUCAGUCUCAAGACUGCUGAAGUGGAAUUACCUGGUGAAUUCUUGAUACCUCGACAUUCACAUUAUUCAGUGAAAAUAGCACGAUUUAUGCCACGUGUUGAAGUCGUUCAGCGGCAUAACACCGCUGCUAGAAGACUACGCAUUCGCGGUCACAACGGACGCUUAUAUCCUUACCUAGUAGUGAAUGAUGCUAGCGUUGGAGAUGCGAGGCGCGAGGAACGCGUGUUACAACUACUGCGAAUGCUGAAUCACUACUUGGCCAAGCAGAAGGAAACCUCACGCAGAUUUUUACAUUUCACAGUACCUCGGCUGGUAGCCGUAUCUCCUCAGAUGAGGCUCGUGGAAGAUAAUCCAGCAGCCGUUUCACUGUUGGACGUGUUUAAACAGGGUUGCGCCAAAUUAGGCAUGGAACACGACGCACCGAUCGCUAGAUAUUACGAAAAGCUGGCCGCGGUGCAAGCUCGUGGAAUCCAAGCGAGCCAUCAAGUAUUGCGAGACAUUCUGAAGGAAGUGCAAACCACGAUGGUCUCCAAAACUAUGCUUAAAGAUUGGGCAAUAAAAACCUUCCCUGGCGCUACUGACUAUUGGACGUUUAGAAAAAUGUUUACUCUACAGUUAUCACUAACUUGUUUCGCCGAGUAUGUACUUCACUUGACAAGGCUCAAUCCUGACAUGAUGUACAUGCAUCAAGACUCUGGUCUGAUCAAUAUUGCUUACUUUAAAUUCGAUAUCGACGAUAUUUCCGGAGAGUUGGAUGCAAAUAGACCAGUACCUUUCCGUCUGACACCCAACAUAUACGAAUUUAUUACAACUACAGGAGUGGCCGGCCCUUUGACUGCUAGUGCAAUUGCCACAGCUCGCUGCUUAGUACAGCCUUCAUACCAGCUACACGCCAUACUGCGAGCAAUUUUACGUGAUGAAGUAAUCGCAGAGCACAAGAGACAAGAAGAUACUGAAAGCAUGUCACAAACACCGACUGAUUUAAAGGGCGAGCUUCUGAUAAAGAUGGUGACCCACGCGGUCACCGCGAUCAUCUCGCGAUUGAAUUCAUUAGCACAUUUCGAUGGCAUUGAUAGUAAAGUCAGUACAUUGGUCACCGCUGCAAACAGCCAUGACAAUCUUUGUAGAAUGGACCCGUCGUGGCAUCCGUGGUUGUAACAUAGUAAGAUCAAAUAUAGAUGAAUGAUGCAUGGCCUAAUCAUAUUUCCCAAGAACAGAAAAAGAGAAUUAGGUUGUCGCUUCAUUUUAAUUCUUAUUUUAUUUAACAGCCUAAUUCUCUAUUUUGAAUAUAUUACAUUGUGCCGCGAUAUUCAUUUUUGGACAAUUAGGAGAAUAUUGAUCGAUAGAGAGGAUAGAGAAGAUAUGUUAGACACGACAGAUAUUAUAUUUCUUUACAUUUUUCUCUUUAA